AUGGGCGAGUCUCUAGUCAAAUUUGAUUUGAGAACUCACUCCAAAGCACCACCAAUGGGCGAAUCUAGUCAAAAAGAUUUGAGAACUCACUCCAAAGCACCACCAAUGGGCGAGUCUCUAGUCAAAUUUGAUUUGAGAACUCACUCCAAAGCACCACCAAUGGGCGAAUCUAGUCAAAAAGAUUUGAGAACUCACUCCAAAGCACCACCAAUGGGCGAGUCUCUGAAAGCCAAGUGUUCCCCAGAGCAGGUUGUGGAACUCAGUGCCCUCCUGACUCAGACUAAGUUUGGAGACUACAUCCAGAACACUGUCAAGUAUGAGAAACUGUGUGCCAAGAAACUAAGCACUGCCCUGAAGCAUUGCUGCAAAGCGGAGACCCGUUUCUCAGACAGCUUUUCCUCCGGAGGAUCAGGUGCCUUCGAGCAGAUUAUAUGUGUCUUCCCAGCAAACUCUAAAACAGGGAGUCGGGAGCCUGGGGCCCUGGAAGGUCUUCAGGGGGCGCCCCCUAGAGGUCUCUUCUCCCAGGAGCUGCUGACGGCUCAACUGGUGACAAGGAUGAGGAACAGGAAGAAAAGCAAAAGUGGCACUGUGAAAGCUUGUAGAAGUUGCCUGAAAGAAUUACAUGAAACUCGAGACCUGAUUUUGUGUUUGCAACACCACGUGGAAAACCUCCUCGACAAAGGCAGCCUUCAUCAACAGAAAUGCGGAGAUCCUUCUGAUGGGGUAUGCAAAAGAGCGCCUGCUGAAGCCCAUGGAUCAUGCAUGGAUCCUUCAGACAGUGCUACACUGUUGAUGUUCCCAUCUGCUUCCACAGUUCCUCAGACCCAGUCCCCUCCACCUCUGACUUCUACUCUUUUACCAGACCUAAUGACCCCCUCAAUUUCUGAUCUCUUACCCGCCCUAAGUCCACCACCAGAACUGGCCAAUCUUUCACCCCCACCCCUUGCUCUUCCCCCUCCUUCACUAGUCCAGGAUUCAGUUGAGUGUCUUCAGCCACAGCCACACUCCACUUUGACUGGUUCACUGUAUGACUGGAUUGUGAAUCCCCAGCAGAGGCCUAGUCCAGACAACAGCUGGUUGGAGUCUUCUGCUCCAACCAUCACAGGCCUUGGCUCCAAAAACCGUCCCAUUCCCACCCUCUCCUGGUGUCAGGCAGCUGCCAAGGCCUUGUGUCUCUCUACCAUGAAACACUUGGAAACCCCUCAAGAGCAUACUUUCUGUCACCCACAAGAAGAUGCUUUCUGGGGAGGACCCACAGGCAGGCAGGUGGAAGUGGAGAGCCCUGCUUUCUUCAAUCCUGAUGCCCAGAAGUUGCUGGAAAUACAAAUCACUAAGAGAGUGGGAUUGAAGAUUUGGAAAGAAAAACAAAAGGAGGAAUCAGAAUACCCUCUGGAUUCUUUAAAGAAUAUAUUGAAGGCAUUUGGUGAGAAGCAAGACAGUAUACAUCCCCAACUCUUCUGGAACACAAGUAUCAAAUCAGAACAUCUACCCAGUACUCAGAAGCAUUUACAGCAAAAAUGCAACCAGCUCUUCUGGGGUCUACCAUUCCUGCACAGUGAGUCCCUCGUGGCUACUGUCAGGGUCUCAGAUUCCAUGCUAGAAUAUCCUUCUGUUUUAUUCAAUGGAAUCUCAAAUGCCUUCCCAAUUCAAAUGCAGACUAAAGAAUUACCACCGGUUUGUCAAUCUCAGCCUUUGCCUGACGUUGAGACCCAAUUCCAACCUUUGACUUCAACCAGGUCCCAAUCCCAGGACCCACCUCUGGCUCCAGUCCUGACCCAGGCCCAUCCUAAAUCCUCUGUCCCAAGAAUACUACCUUUUUCUACUUCUCAGACCAGGGCCUGUGAAGAAUCCUGUUCUUCAGUCCAGAAGAAGGCCCAAUCAGCCACCCCAAAUGUAAUUCAAAGCCUGGAAUGUCACUUUUUGAAGAAGCAGUUGGAAAGUGAGAGUUCUUUACCAGCUAUGGUCAAAAGAUCUCAAAAGGAAGCUUUUACUCCUCUCAGUUCCACUCUUCCGCGUGACAGUCAGGCCCCUCAGAUCCACAAAUCAGACUCUGUCUUUCAUGGGGAUUUCAUCAGCCUUGAGCUCCAGAAGCAACUGGAGCAACACCUCCAAAAGAGGUUUAUUCAACAACAGUGGGAUCUGCCUAGCACUAUUCAAGAACCUGUGGCACUACUACAGCCUCAGGAAAAAUUGCCAAGGGCAUGUCAGGCAAAGGACCAGCAUGAUCUCCCUGUGUCCUUCAGACAUACAGGUAAAAGCAGGAAGAAGGUGAAGAAGACCAGGCACCCAGGAAGAUCCAGAAGCUCAAGAAGUUUACGUGCUAGCCACGUCAAUGAUUGGAGGCGUAAUCUGAAGAAAAUCUCCAAAGAUCAUGUCUUCCAGGAAGCAGAAAACUCCCCAGGGAAAGUUCUGGGGGCAGACUCGAAGAAGGAGUCAAAAAGUGAUUUGAUGAGGCACUCAGGGAUUGACUCAGGAAAUUACAUAUUACUAAGGGGCCCAAACAAGAAACAAUUAGAAAGUGUCCUGAACGUCCAUUUAGGCAGGAAGUCAGAGCAGAUUAUAAAGGGUCAGAUCCCUGUGAGUGUACACUGUUCCCGGCUUGCUGCCAACCAUGCUUUGUCCAAGGCUGAUGCCCCCAUGAAAACCAGAAGUCUGGCAUCCAUGAAAGGUCCGAUGUAUGGUAUGAACACUUCUCAGGAGCUUUCCUUUCUCAAUUUGGACACUCAACAGAUGCUAGAACUACAUAUUGUAAGAUUUUGGAAGAGGAACGAAGAAUGGUCUCUACCCUUCAAAGUCUGCGAGUCCAUAGACACCUUUAAGACAAGACAGGACAAUGAUUUGCAAUCCACCUUUCUCUCUCCAUUAAUCCAUGAAUCAUGGGUAGACUCAAGAGGCAAGGUUUCCAAGUUCCUAGAAGAAAACCUUCAGGCAAGGGUUAUGCCAAAAGAAUCAGUCCCCACUCUGAAGAGUCCUUUCCCUGCCCCUUCACUUGUAGGUGAGGAAGCCAUGAGAACUCUGACAUGGAUGCCACCGGAUAAUGACAAAAGGCCCUCAGAGGCCCCUCAGAGUGACCAGAAAAGCAGCCUUUUCAGCCCCUCACACCCAGAAAAACAACCUUUCCAGCCCCUCACACCCAGCACUGUGGACAGAACCUUACAGAGUGGGACUGUCCUAGAAUCAGUUAUAAGUCAAUUAAUGACCAGGAAGGGCUCCAGGGAAGAAAGUGCCCCAGAAGGUCCUAGCCCUAGCAAAGAAAGAUUUAAAAUGAGCUAUGAUCCCCUUUCGUUAAGGACGAAAGAGACCAAGGAGAUGGUGGUGGUCAAGAAGUCCUCUGUACAACAGCCACAAGAUAGUGACAUUUUGAGCACCAGUUUGCUGACAAAAUCUGAAGCCACAAAUGUGGAUCUGAAGGGUUUAGAGGCUCCAGGAACUAAUAAAAGCCCCCCACUUCCUAGAAUGCCCCUUCAAGUUCCAGGAAAGACAUACCUUAAAGCACGGAUGCGUAGUGAGAUUACACUUCAAAUGGAGGUAGAGACGGAGAGUGGGUCUCAAGGCUCUCCCAUGGAUGUGCUCCUUCAGGACUGUGCAACUGAUAGGAUUCUUCAAGGCUGUGCCACUGAUGUGCUCCUUGCCACAAAUAACUUGAUUUCUCAGACUUCUGAGCACUGUCCCCAGAAUGAAUUCAGUAGGGACAUGCCAGUUUCCCAAGUGCUAAGUGACCUAAUGGCUGCUAAAGGAAGCAGCCUAGGGCAGCAAGACCCCAAGAUCCCAAACCUUCAUGCCCCAUGGAUUUUCCCCAGUAAAAAAGAUAAAGGGCAGAAUGAUCCUCUGCAAAAAGAAAAACCCAUGUCAACCUCUGGUCCAAACCGUGGACCAGUCAAAAGAAAAUCUGUCUUUCUGGAUAAGGAGGCCACUGAGGCUCAGGUACUUAUGUCAGCUGUAGGUCAAAUUCUAGAGGAGAAAAUGGUGCUUCAGCAAGGACUUCAUGCUUCAAGAUUAAGUUCACAAAAGGGAACCCAGGUCCCACUUGAUGGACAUUUCUUCCAAUGCGGGGCUCCCUCCUACCCAAAGAACAAGAGAGGGAUGAGUGUUACAGCCUGCCAUCACCAAGACACCUCUAAAGGUCAGAGCCAUCCUACCAGGAAUAGUUGGAUCAGGGAUAGAUGCAGAAAUCUCUGGAAACUUGUAGGAUUCAAGAUCACCGACAAGCCAUUGCCCCCUAAGGAGCUCAUAUCUCCGGUCAGUUACCAGCAGCAUGGAACAAGGUUUUGGGGUGCCUCAAGUCACCACUGCCCACGUCACUGUCUUCGGGAAUACGUCUUGUCUGGUCAAUUAGAACACGCUUCUUCCGCUCUUCUUAGUAGGAAAACUAUCUAA